UAUUUCUUGCAAUAAGAAGGAUGAGUGCAUCAAAAGUGGGGGAGAAUGCUUGAAACCUGGCGGAUUAGAGUUUGGUUGGGCUUAUAAUGGAGAUAAAGUUCAUGCGAGUAUACAAUCGGGUAAAGACAAUAAUUUUCUUUCCAAAUUUUAACAUCAAUUUUACAGUUGGUGAGCCAGUUGUGUGUCAAUGUCCUCUCAAGGAUGAUCAUGUAAACAAUUUAAAGUCCGAAAUUAAUGUCCAUGUUGAUGAUGGCCUUUUUUGGUUCCAUAUUGAGAAUUUUGAAGAAAGUUGUUAUUUUUCUUCCUCACGAUGCGAUUUUGUGUGUUUACGCCGAUUUGAUGAGAUUGUAGAGGAAAAAGGAUUAAUUAAACCAAUAACUUGGAGACUUGAUAAUAGAAUCUAUGAAGAUUUCGCGUUCAAUGAAUUACUUGCUUUCUAUCUUCUCCCUCAAAAGGCUUCCUACCAGCGUAAUGGGAAUAAUAUUAAAAGGAAUUCUUCUCUGGAUGGACCUAAUUGCAAAAUUGAAAUUAAAUUUAGUGCACAAGAAUAUAGGCUUUUAGUAAACAAGAAAGAGGAGACAACAACAAAGGAACCAACAACAGAAGAACCAACAACUGAGGAAAAAACAACUAAGGGAACAAAAACUGAGGAAAUUGGGACAACGACAAAAGAGGGAACUGCAAAAGAAACUUGGUCCGCAUCUUCGUCCAAACCUUUGCAAACUUCUAUAGGGCCCAAACCUUCGCCAACUUCAAAGAGUAAUAUAUUCGUUACCGUUGCCUUGAUUGCUGUCAAUGUUAUUUUGUAA